GGACCGACCCAGAGCGGACCCCCCGGCCAGGACCGGAUCCUCGGGCAGGACCGGACCCCCCGGAUCGGACCGGACGGGACCCCCGGCACUUGCCAAACUGCUGAUCGAGCCCAUCAAGUUGUCCUAACCCCUAUGGAGUUCUGCUUCAACCUCAUCGCCUCAGGAACCAGAAGGCAAGCUGAAGGCAGAGAAUCCGGGGUCCAGCGGUGGCAUGAGCUGACCCCCUGAUGACCAGCUCGCUGCCUCUCGGAUGGUCCGCCCGGCCACCAUGGAGCUCAAAGUCUGGGUCGACGGCAUCCAGCGAAUCGUCUGUGGGGUCACCGAGGUCACCACCUGCCAGGAGGUGGUCAUAGCCUUGGCACAGGCCAUAGGUCGCACGGGAAGGUACACGCUCAUCGAGAAAUGGCGAGAGACGGAGAGACACCUGGCCCCUCACGAAAACCCCGUCAUCUCCCUGAACAAGUGGGGCCAGUACGCCAGUGACGUGCAGCUGGUCUUGAGACGCACGGGACCUUCCCUCAGCGAGCGGCCCACGUCCGACGGCGGAGCCCGCGGGCCCGAGCGCACCCUCUACCGCCAGAGCCUGCCACCCCUGGCCAAGCUGAGGCCCCCGGGUGACAAGCCCAUCAAGCGGCGGGAGCCCAAGAGGAAAUCGCUGACCUUCACGGGCGGAGCAGCGGGGGCCGGCCAGGUCAAGCCGCAGCCCCCGGGCCGCGGCCCCGCCCCCGUCAGGGCGGCCCCUCCCGAGCCGAGGAGGCCGGCCGCCCCGCGGACGGACAGGGCCCCGCUCGGCUCCCCGCUGCGGGACGAGAUCGUCCGGCUGGAGCAGAGGAUCAAGCGGAACGACGUGGAGAUCGAAGAGGAGGAGUUCUGGGAGAACGAGCUGCAGAUCGAGCAGGAGAACGAGAAGCAGCUGAAGGACCAGCUGCGCGACAUCCGGCAGAGGGUCCUCGAGUGGGACGGGAAGCUGAGGGGCUACCUGGCCCAGAUCCACAGCAUGGAGAGCGGCCUCCAGGCCCAGAAGGUGCAGCGGGACGGACGGGAGGAGGCCCGCGCCGGCGACGAUCAGGUCAAGGGCCAGAUCGGGAGAGUCCGGGGGGAGAUCGACCUGCAGGGACAGCAGAGCCUGAGGCUGGAGAACGGCAUUAAAGCCGUCGAGAGGUCCUUGGGACAAGCCGCCAAGAGGUUGCAGGACAGGGAACAGGAGCUGGAGCAGUUGACCAAGGAGCUGCGUCAGGUGAAUCUCCAGCAGUUCAUCCAGCAGACGGGCACCAAGGUGACCGUCCUGCCCGCCGAGCCCCUGGACGGCGAGACGCCAGUCGCGGAGGCAGAAGCAGAGACAGCAUUCCAGUCUGGGUCCCUGAAGCACCCCGGUUCAUCCCGCCAGUUGCCUAGUAACCUCCGGAUUCUGCAGAAUCCCAUGUCAUCUGGAUUUAACCCUGAGGGCAUUUAUGUAUAACGCCGCCCGUGUCUCUUCUGGGAAGAACUGUCCUACUUUCUGAGGACAGCACCCAUCUCUCCCUCUGAGCGUUGCCAAGAACAGACGGACUUAAGCUUUUCUUUUUUUUCCUCCUCCUGUUUUCCCUACCAUGUGGAGCCAUAUCUGUGCACUGAUGCUAAAGAACAAAGGAACUCUGUGUCCACACAUCCGCAGUGUUGAAGUUCUGUCCCGCAGUUGCAAUGCAAAAGCCGUCAUUUUAUUUUUUGUUUUUCCAUUUUGGAAGCCGGUAAGGCAAAAAAAAAAGAAGUAUUAUACUGUGUCCGUGCAUAAAUAAAACACGGACUGAAGAGAAUGAAGAAAAAAACCAUGCUACGACUGACUUAAGGAUUAAUUUAUUCCACUUAACCAAUGAGAGCGCGAAUGUUCAUGUUUGAAUUAUUUUCGUAGUUGCGUACUUUGUGACUAAUGAUUUAAGAUAUUGUAUGAAUCCGA